ACAAUUAACGGUUAGAGAUGGCAGCAGACGUAAACUAAAGUUCCGCCACGAUACGGCCUAGACAUUCUCUCGGAUUUCAAAAUAUCAAAUGUACAUAGGUUCUGCAACCCGCUUAAAAGUCCAAGCAGUUGAUAGCUGUAUCAUCUCCACCUCUGCUGUUGUUGUCUUCCAUGGCGAAUUUCACUUCCAGAAAUCAACUUCGAUCCAUGGACUCAUCAAUUGAGACUCAAUCGCUCCGUCUCCUCCGCCUCGUCGGUCUUCUCUUGAUGUUCAUUUCCUCUGCAUCGGGGUCGAAAGAGUUUUGCGAUGCUGGAAUCGCGUAUGGUGAAUCUGGGUGUGGAAUGUCAUCGUCGAAGUUACUGAUAAAGGGAGGAACUGUUGUGAAUGCUCAUCUGAUGGAGAUUGCGGAUGUUUAUGUAGAAGACGGGAUCAUCAUUGCCGUGAAGCCUAAUAUCAAGGUUGGUGAUGAUGUUACAGUGCUUGAUGCUACUGGAAAGUUUGUCAUGCCAGGAGGAAUUGAUCCUCACACACACCUAGCUUUUGAAUUCAUGGAUACUACAACUGUUGAUGACUUCUUCAGUGGUCAGGCUGCUGCAUUAGCUGGUGGAACAACAAUGAACAUCGACUUUGUUAUACCAGCAAAUGGCAGUUUAUCUGCAGGUUUCGAAGCUUAUAAAGAAAAGGCCAAAAUCUCUUGCAUGGAUUAUGGUUUCCAUAUGGCAAUCACGAAAUGGGAUGAGGUAGUUUCAAGGGAGAUGGAAAUUAUGGUUAAAGAGAAAGGUAUCAACUCUUUCAAAUUUUUUAUGGCCUACAAGGGGACUCUUAUGAUUAAUGAUGAGCUUCUAUUACAAGGAUUCAAAAAAUGCAAGUCUCUUGGUGCAUUGGCCAUGGUCCAUGCAGAAAAUGGAGAUGGUGUGUUUGAAGGGCAGACGAGAAUGAUAGAACUUGGUAUCACGGGACCGGAGGGGCAUGCACUUUCCAGGCCCCCUGUGCUGGAAGGGGAGGCAACUGCUCGAGCUAUUCAUUUGGCAGGCUUUGUGAACACACCUCUCUAUGUUGUUCAUGUGAUGAGCAUUGACGCAAUGGAAGAAAUAGCUAAAGCUCGGAAAUCAGGGCAAAAGGUUAUUGGAGAGCCAGUAGUUUCUGGGUUGAUCCUUGAUGAUUCCAGGCUUUGGGAUCCUGACUUUUCCAUGGCAGCAAAGUAUGUCAUGAGUCCCCCUAUCAGGCCAUCAGGACAUGGAAAGGCCCUUCAAGCUGCUCUUUCAGCAGGAGUUUUGCAGCUUGUUGGGACAGAUCACUGUGGUUUCAACUCUACACAGAAAUCUCUUGGGAUAGAUGAUUUCAGGAAAAUUCCAAAUGGGGUUAAUGGUAUCGAGGAGAGGAUGCAUCUGGUUUGGGAUACAAUGGUGGAAUCUGGUCUAAUUUCUGUCACUGACUAUGUACGAAUAACAAGCACUGAAUGUGCUAGAAUCUUCAAUAUUUAUCCAAGGAAAGGAGCAAUACUUGCCGGUUCUGAUGCUGAUAUAAUUAUUCUCAACCCAAAUUCAAGUUUUGAAAUAAGCUCAAGGUUCCACCACUCUAGGUCAGACACAAAUGUCUAUGAAGGACGGACUGGAAAGGGAAAGGUAGAAGUGACGAUUGCUGGAGGAAGGAUUGUGUGGGAAAAUGAUGAAUUGAAGGUUGUUCCUGGUUCUGGAAAGUACAUAGAAAUGCCACCUUUCAGUUAUGUCUUUAGUGGAAUUGACAAGGUAGAUGCUAAAUACAUUUCUUCCCUCCGAGCUCCAGUACAUUGAUUAUAAGCCACAGCUUGAUUUGGAGGUAUUUAAUAUAUUUCUUACUGAUAUUGAGGGGAAUAUAACUCAAGUUUGUGCUGUGUCUAUUCGGAAGAAAAAUAACAAAGACGACCAUGAGUACUGUGUAUUCCUUUGUGUAAAAUAUUUGCUUGUACACAGCUGCAUCUUAGAAUGUCAAUAAAUGAAACUCUUACUUUCUGUUUA